AUGGAGCAGCACCACAAUCAUGCAAAUGGAGGAGCGCAGUUUGCCAACGUCUCAAAAUGUCCAUUUGCUCAUGGCAGUGUGGGUGUCUUUCCGUAUCCAGGAUAUGUCCAUGGGAAGAACCCAACCAUCUCAGUGGAGUAUCAGGACCUCUUUCACAAGGAAUUCCACUCCAGUCCGGAGGUCAAGGCUGCCAGGAUCAAGGAGAUUUUAGAGUCCAUUGAGGCAACAGGGACGUAUUCUCACACCUUUGACGAGCUGCAGCAUGGGGCGCGAGUAUCCUGGAGGAACGCCCCCAAGUGCUCCAACAGAAAGUUCUGGGACACCAUUCAGUUGCGCGACAAGCGGCAUGUUACAACGGCUGAGGCAUGCACCAGGCCUGCUUGGAGAUGCUUGAACUGGCUGGCAACUCUGGUGCUACUGAGCUUUUCAUCUCAGUGUUCCCUCCUGAGCAUCCGCUGA